GGGAUAUGAAUGGGAGGAUUGCAAGAACUGAGAGGGUAUGGAUGCUGCUGCUGCUGGGACUGAGUGAUGAAGCAAAUGAGAGAAUUGUAGAAGCCAUGAAGAGUUUUCUGGAAAAUAUGUGGUGUGCAAGAAAUAGGGAAUUGGAAGAUCUGUAAUGGAUACUGCUUGUUUUGUUUUUAUUUUUACAGGUGCCGAUGUGAAGAAUGACUCUCCAACGGGUCACCUGUAUAGCAAGAGCAAGAGCAAGAACAACACCCGCCGAGGCGCCCCCGCCGAGUGUGUGUUUGGGCUUUAGAGCCCGUGGUGAAUGGCCUAACCAGUCCCAUGAAACACUGAAGAAGAGGCCGUGGUGAAUGGCCUAACCAGCCCCCUGAAACACUGAAGAAGAGGCCGUGGUCCAUGGCCUAACCAGCCCCUGAAACACUGAAGAAGAAGAAGAGGCUGUGGUCCAUGGCCUAACCAGUGCCUUGAAUCUGGAUCUGGACAAUAAUGCGCAGGGCACCAAAGAAGGUGCAUAACACGCAUAACACUGAAGAAAAAAAAUCCUUGUCCCCAAACUGCCUGCUGCCGUUACUGCUACUAUGACUGUGACUACUCACCUGGUUACUCAGCUACUACUACUACACUUCCUGUUCACCGCACUGACGACCGAGCCCAGCACAGCAACAACGGCUUCCUUCAGGUGUGGACAAAAGAGAACGAGGACAAUACAACACACUGAGCCGCCGCACAGGUCGGGGACGCCUCUCCUUCGGGGCUAGACAGCAGCAUGAGUGGCCCGGACAAGCAGGAGCAGACUGCUGUAGGGGGCAGGAGAGUCACUGGUCAUCAGGCAAAGCAACUUGCUGCUGGCAACUCCAGCAACAAAGGAGAGAGGAAGUUAGUGUGUCUGGAGUGUGGAAAAGGAUUCACCUCAAGGUCAGGCAUUAGAUAUCACACCCUUACACACACUGGUGUAAAGAACUAUGAAUGUAAGGAAUGUGGGAAACAAUUCAGCCAGAAGAGUGCCCUUAAUACACACACUCUUACACACACUGGUGUAAAGAACUAUGAAUGUAAGGACUGUGGGAAACAAUUCAGCCAGAAGAGUCACCUCAAUAGACACACCCUUACACACACUGGUGUAAAGAACUAUGAAUGUAAGGAAUGUGGGAAACAUUUCAGCCAGAAGAGUGCCCUUAAUACACACACUCUUACACACACUGGUGUAAAGAACUAUGAAUGUAAGGAAUGUGGGAAACAAUUCAGCCAGAAGGGUACCCUUAAUACACACACUCUUACACACACUGGUGUAAAGAACUAUGAAUGUAAGGAAUGUGGGAAACAAUUCGGCCUGAAGAGUACCCUUAAUACACACACCCUUACACACACUGGUGUAAAGAACUAUGAAUGUAAGGAAUGUGGGAAACAGUUCACCAAGAAGAGUUCCCUUAAAUCACACACCCUUGCACACACUGGUGUAAAGAACCAUGAAUGUAAGGAAUGUGGGAAACAUUUCAGCCAAAAGAGUGCCCUUAAUACACACACUCUUACACACAGUGGUGUAAAGAACUAUGAAUGUAAGGAAUGUGGGAAGCAAUUCAGCCAGAAGGGUACCCUUAAAACACACACCCUUACACACACUGGUGUAAAGAACUAUGAAUGUAAGGAAUGUGGGAAACAAUUCAGCCUGAAGAGUCACCUUAAUAAACACACCCUUACACACACUGGUGUAAAGAACUAUGAAUGUAACGAAUGUGGGAAACAAUUCACCCAGAAGAGUUCCCUUAAUACACACACCCUUACACACACUGGUAUAAAGAACUAUGAAUGUAAGGAAUGUGGGAAACAAUUCAGCCAGAAGGGUACCCUUAAUACACACACUCUUACACACACUGGUGUAAAGAACUAUGAAUGUAAGGAAUGUGGGAAACAAUUCGGCCUGAAGGCUCGCCUUGAUAAACACACCCUGACACACACUGGUGUAAAAAGUCAUGAGUGUGAAGAGUGCGGGAAAAGAUUCAGAUUGAAGUUUAGGCUUAAUGAACACAUCUUCAGGCACUAUGGCCUUAGGGAGUUCAAGUGUGAUGUGUGUGGAAAGCUCUUUAACCUGAAGCGUGACAUUGCCAGGCACAUGAAGACCCACUUCUGAACUGUGUCUACCUACAGUAGUUAUAUUAAGCAGGUUGUUAGCAGCAGCUGAGCCUGACAGGGAAAGGCAAGAAAGGGAGAGGUAAAAGUGAUCAUGUAAGAUAAAGAAGAAAGGUUUGCCUGUGAAGUGAUGGAAGGAGAGGAGCCACACGAAGAAGUGGAAGGGGAAAUACUAAUGGCUGACUUUCCACAGCUGUGGCAGCUGCACUGGGCAUGGAGCCCAAUUGAGGCUCACACCUACAUGAACUACUUGCUCCUCUGCAAGGUGGGGCAAGGGAAUGUCACAUAACACUACAACAGCUGGAAUAUGUAUUUAUAAACAAUUGAGGCUCACACCUACAUGAACUACUUGCUCCUCUGCAAGGUAGGGUUAGGGAAUGUCACAUAACACUACAACAGCUGGAAUAUGUAUUUAUAAACAAUUGCUGUAACAAAAGAAUCAAUGCCUUACAGUUGUGUGCCUCACCCAAGAGCACCACAGAGGCAAGUGCUUCCAGCACCUCUCUCACCAUUGUACUGCCCUGCCUUAGAAGAGUCCCAAGACGAGCCUCAAAAUGUGUCUUGUGUUUUGGAAGGUCAGCCAGUGUGGAGGGGCUGCAGUAGUCUGGCGGUCAGGGGCCCAGGCUGCUGAUCAGAGGGGCAACAGUUUGCGCCUCUCCCCGGGCAGCUGUUGGUGGGAUGGGCUUGCCCUGGCACGCACUGGGCUGCUUGACAAUGGCACUGCAUCCCUCUCCCUUGGGCUGUCCCCAAUAAGAGGUGAAAAAGUUAAAUGAAGGAAUGAACAGCUCUGAAUGCUUGUAACCAUGCAAGGACGUCUGGAAUUGGCCAGGAAAGUUGUUAUUUAAUGAAAAUUGAAAAAAAAAAAAAGAAACAUUGGAAAAGAUGAAUAUUAAGUGGAAGGAACAUCAACAUGCCAGAAGUGUCACUGCCAAGGCAAUACUUGGAUCCCACAGCAACAGUCUCACCUCAACUCUCUCUGACCUUGUUGUUGGCAGGGUGUACUGACCUGUGCCUCCCUCUCCCCUGCUGCCUCCAUGCUGAGAAAGGACCGAGAGAGAAGCAGAUGGCCCGUGAAGUGAUAGAAGGCGACAGAGGUGGCAACAAGAGGAAGGUUGUCGCUGCAGCACACUGUCAGAGGCAGGGUGUGCCGGCCUGUGCCUCUCUUCCCCCUGCUGCCACCAUGCUGACAGACAGAAGCAGAUGGCCUGUGAAGUGAUACAAGGCGACAGCGGUGGCAACAAGAGGAAGGUUGUCGCUGGUGCACACUGUCGGAGGCAGGGUGUGCUGGCCUGUGCCUCCCUCGCCCCCUGUUCCCGCCGGGACUGACUUGAGUGGCCGUGGCAGUACAGUUUCCUGACGUUCUUCACAAAGGGUUCUUCAGGCGUGAGAGGCUGGAGGAGAGGAAGGCACACCGGGCAAUGCUGCAGUGUGCCCCCACCGGCAUCAGUAACCCAGCAGCCAUCGGGGAGCAGAGCCACAGCUGCCAGCCCCCAGUGUACAUAUUGUCUGUGUUGGGCUGGCCGGGUUAUCGUAGACACAGCGCCACGCCAAAGAUUCCUAAGUGUUGUAGUGACAUGUAAGUCUGUAUGGAGUUGGUGCAGUGUAGAGCAGUGAAGUGUAGUGUGGUGUAGUGCAUUCUUUUGCACUGAAGGAAGAGUGACUUAAACCUUUUGAUCUGAUCCUGAACUUGAACCUUUUGAUCUUGCCAUGAACUUCAACAUUUUGUGUUUUGUUUACAAGUGGCGUGGAUACGCCAUUCUUUGUGACCGGAGCUAGUGACACUUGUUAGGCUGCUUGAAUAAAAAAUGAACACUUAAGACUUGCCACCCCUUCCUCUGUGAUCCGUGUCUUUGCCCUCGUCAAGGUGGAGGAAAGGCGUUUGGUACUAAGAGUCUUGUUGGUGCAGUUGUAGUCGGUAUUCUGAGAUGCUUCUGCCUCUCACAUAAACUACAGGUACUCACUGAGCUAUGGCUUACAACUUACGACCAGGCCAAUGCUAUUAGUAAUACUUGGUUAAGUAAUGAGUUGACAUUUCAAGUACCUAGCCGUAGGUAAAGCAGCAGUGUGUUUACACAGGGCUUCCCCCUCCCUCAGCCUGCCCCCUCUUCCCUCCCAUCUUACACACAUACACACACACACACACACACACACACACACACACACACAGCACAUAACAUUUCUUUGUGUUUUGUACGGAGAUAAAGUUCCUGGAGUUAGUAUUUUGUUAUGUUUGGUUAUCUUCCCUUCUUUUCCUCCUCCUCUGCUUCUUCCUCUUCCUCUUCAUCCUCUUCCACACACCUUUCUCGAUGGUAGAGUCUUUAAUAUUGUUUUUCCCAUUGGCUAACUUUCCAUCUAUUUCAUUUCUUCCUCCCUCUUCCUCCUCCUUUGCUCCUCCUCCUCCUCCUCUUCCUCCACUUAAAGGCUCUUUAAUAUUUUCAUUUAUUUUUGUUAACUUUUUCUGUUUCCUCCUCCUCCUCCUCCAUUCUCAAUAGUCGCCUCAUUUAUAUUACUUUUUGUUUUGUUUUAUCUCAUUGUUAGUCCACUUUCCUCCCUCCCUCCACUUGCUUUCUUCCACUCCUCCCUCCCUUCCUCUUAUGGAAUGUAACUCUAUUAUUAUAUAUCCCUUCUUAUCCUCCUUUUCUUUCUCCUAUUGUGACAUUUUAAAGCCUGUUAUUCCUGAUUCUUGUAAUUCCUCCUCCUCUUCUUCUUUCUCAUUAGCUGCAUCCUCUUUCCCUUUCCCAACUUGACACCACACUAACCUCAGUCUCCUCCUCCUCUUCCCCCAUCAUCUUACCUCACACAUUCAUUCUUCCCCGUAACUUACUCGUCCUCCUCCUCCUCCUCCUCCUCCUCCUCCUCCUCCUCCUCUUUCCCUUCUCCCACUCGCCACAACAUAACCCACAGUCUUUCUCCUCCUCCUCUACCAACUAGACCCCACCACUCUGUGUUUCCUCCUGACGUGUGGCCAAGUGAGGGCAGUGCGGGCACCUGAAUCGCCGCUUUCUCGUGUGUGUCCAAAUGUGGCGGCAGAGAUUGGACAUGUCUUGAAAGGAACGCUUACCGCAGAAGGGGUAGAUGGUGGUGGUGGUGGUGGUGGUGUUGAUCUGUACUGGAAGAGAGAGAGAGAGAGAUGGGAUGGAUAGGUGUUGGUGGUGUUGUACUUGUAUAUUAGGAUGCUGUUUAUUAGAUAAUUCUUCAUGUUUGAAUCUUUUUUCAUAGGUUUGCUAACACCUGCUGUUAUUGUGUUUGGACUAUGAGUCCCUCCAUAACAACUACAGUCAUGCCUCGGUUUAUGAGAUUAAUUCGCUGCAGAAUUUUGCUCACAGAUCAAAACACUCAUAAACCAAAACAAUUUUCCCCAUCUAGAUUAAUGAGAAUCUCAUUAAUGCAUCCUAU